AUGUCCUCACCACCAGACCUACCAAAAUUCGUCGUAUGGGCACCUGACUACACCGACGAGGGUGUCCUCCAACGGCGACAAGCAUUGAGACCUUCCCACCGCGAGAAGGCCUUGAAACUCAUCAGUCAAGGCAUCUUACGGGUCGCGGGAGGCUGCACGACGCUCGAAUCCAUCCACGCAACUGCAGAAGAUAAGAAGUUUGUUGGGUCAUGCUUGAUAUUUGAAGGGGAGAACAUUGAUGUCGUGCGCAAGCUCGUAGAAGAGGAUAUGUUUUACAAGGGUGAUGUGGUAUGUGUCUUGGCUGCUAUGAUGGACAUUGAUACUGUGACGCUAACUGGGAGUGUGCAGUGGGAUAAAGAGAAACUUGUUAUUCUCCCGAUCGCAUUGGCAACGAGCCUUCCGCCCGUCCCUUCUUGACACUUGCGUACAAUGUAGAUACUGU